CUAAUUUGAAACAUGGCAAAAAAAUGUUACACAACUGUAAUAUUUUACUUUGUGGCACAAUUAAUUCACAUAUUUGAGAAAUCUAUCUUUUCCCGAAAUUAUUCAAACCCACUCGCAGAAAUGAAGCAACGAUACAUUUUGCCACGGGUCACGGCUAUAAAGAAGCAUGCUGAAAAUUAAACAAGCUGAAAAGUUUGACCAUCUAGCUCAAUAUUUGCUCUGAUUUUUUUAAUUCUGAGUAUAUAAGAGCGGUUCUACCAGACAGACUGGCACUCCAAAGUGGUACACAUUCCACCGAGCAUCAUUUCAACAUGAACUCCAAACUGUUGCUCCUUUUAAUGCUGGUUUGCCUGGUGGCCGCUGACGUCAGUGAACUGCGCCGGAAACCGUCGUCGAAAACGAUCCAACGGAAACCCUUCCGAUCCCCAGUCCCGCUGCGCAAGUUGCAAGCCCGCAACACCGAUCCAGCUCACGUGGCGGAACUGUUUGGCGAAGAGUUGCUCGCGGAAGAUAUCGAUGAACCAGAACCAACCGGCUUCCAGCUGACCGCUGAUCACCAGGACUUCCAGGCCCCGUACCACUAUGAGAAACCAACCGUUGAAAAUGACUAUUUGCCUCCGGUGGUGGUACCGAAGGAACAACCUGCCGACGAUUACCUGCCACCGUUCCCGGCAGGGGACAACGUGGCCAAACGCCAUGUUAAGCUACGGGGAAGAAUCUAAGUUGAACACUGUGGCGCGGUAGGCGCGUAGGAAAAUACACAUUUAGGAGCUCAUUGGAAUGAUCUGUGGUGAACCGAAAA